AUGGCAGUCGAGGAGUGGUGGCGCAAUCCUGCUGAAAUGACACUUGGAAAUAUAGGAUUAUUCACAGCAACAGAGCUCGGAUGUGGAUUUGCCAGUUGUGUUAAUGAGAAUCUUCAAAUGACAGUCGAUAUGGUUUGCCAUUACUGGCCGAUAAAUGAUCCAAACCAAUUCUAUAAUUACGAAAUUAGUUGCGAAACGAACGACGACUGUUCGUCAUUACCGAAUUCUCGAUGUGAUUUUAAUCAAAAUAUUUGCAUUUCAAAAAUGUAA